AAGAACACGAGACAGUCGCAGACACGCAGAGGCAGAGAGAGUAAGAGGAUGGGAGACGAGAAGGUGGAAAGCGAAGCUUUACAGAUUAUCGGAGCAUUUCAAGUGCUGCCCAGAUUGGUCGUCUUCGAUCUCGAUUAUACUCUUUGGCCUUUCUACUGUGAGUGUCGCUCAAAACGUGAAAUGCCAUCUCUAUAUCCUCAUGCUAAAGGCAUAUUACAUGCACUUAAGGACAAAGGGAUUGAUGUAGCUGUUGCUUCUAGAUCACCAACUGCAGACAUAGCAAAGACAUUUCUUGGCAAAUUGAGUCUCACAUCUAUGUUUGUUGUCCGGGAGAUUUUCUCCAGUUGGACACACAAGACAGAACAUUUCCAGAAAAUUCACACAAGGACUGGGGUGCCCUUCAAAUCAAUGCUCUUUUUUGACGACGAAGAUAGGAACAUCCGAGCAGUAUCUAAGAUGGGAGUAACAAGCAUCUUGGUGGGUAAUGGUGUCAAUCUUGGAGCAUUGAGAGAGGGGCUCACAAAAUUCUCCCAAAACGUCAAUACCUCUGAAAAGAACAAGCAGAAAGGGCUAAAGUUCUCCCAAAAAUCAAAUUCGUCCGAGGACAAGGAAUGAGUCUUGAAUCAAAAACCUCAUUCAUGAAAUUGAUUUUAGUACAGCAUUAUUUUGACAAACCCAGAUAUGUUGUAAUUUCAUCUUGAAUCUUUUGUAUUAUAAUCCCUCAACGUUAGUAGAGGGAGCCAAACCUGGCAAACAUGCCUAAAACAUCAACAGUUAUAUCUGCCAAACGAGGCGAAUUACAAUGAUGAAUGGUAUACAUUAGAUUUAUUUUGAU